AUGAAGUUCAUUGCGCUGUGCGUCCUUUGUGGAAUCGCUGUAGCAGCUCCCAGACAGAAGCGCCUCACUGUCGGCACCAUCGCUGUCAGUGGAGGAGUCGGCGGAGCCACGGGUUGUGUAGUGACUGGAAAUACUCUCUAUGCAAAUGGUUUCCGCCUCCGUGAGCUCACUCAAGCAGAGGAGAAGGAACUGGAGAACUAUGAGCAGCAGGUGGCCGACUAUAAAGAGGCUGUGAAAAAAGCACUGAAGGAACACCAGGAGAGCCUGAAACAACGUAUGGCUGGUAAGAAGGAAAAGGCGGUCUCCCCGAAAGAGGAAGACUUGCCCAAACCACCACAAAAGCCCUCAUUCUGCACUGAAGAGGACACCACCCAGUUCUACUUUGACGGAUGCAUGGUUCAGGGUAAUAAGGUCUACGUUGGCACCACAUACGCACGCGAUCUCGACCAGAACGAAAUUCAAGAGCUGAAGGAGUUUGAGAAGAAGCAGACCGUCUACCAGGACUACGUCCAAAAGCAAAUUCAACAGCAAGUGAGCAAUCUAUUCGGUAGUUCCGACUUCUUCUCCUCGUUCUUCGGCGGGGCAUCUGAAAAGGCUACCACUACCACUGUGGCUCCGGUUCUUCCCGAUGAUGCUCCUGAACAACCGAAAGUCCCCAACUUCUGCACGCGGAUCUAUUAA